AUGGACAGGGCAGGCUCCACUCCGCUGCACUGGGGCUGCCGCUACGGACACGCCCCAGUGGUGAGGAUCCUCCUGGAGGCCAGGGCAGAUCCCAACAGGCAGAACUCCCUCGGCGACACGCCGAUGCACGAGGCCGCCGCCCUCGGGCGCACCGACUCCCUCCAGUGGCUCCUGAUGGCCGGAGCGGACGCGGACCUCAAGAACCGCGAGGCGCGCUUGCCACUGGAGGUGGCGGCGCGCAACCGUCACGAGGAGGCGGCGGAGAUGUUGCGCACGCACCAGGCGCGCUGGCGACAGCCCCCCCUCCCGAAGCCGGGCCAAGCCCUGGCUCCCGCCGCCCCGCUGCCUCCCGGCGAUGCCAGCGAUUCCAGCAGCAGCGACGGCGAGCCCGAGCCCAGCGUGGCCCUCCUCGUCGUGCGAGCGGUGCGCCCGUUGCUCAGGGGGGUGCAGUGGGCGGCGGGGCGCUUUCUGGGGGAGCGGCGCCGCGACGAAGGCGGCGAGUUCGACGAGGACAAGCCAGAGCCGCAGGAGCAGACAGGUUACAGUCCUCGCCGCUGGCCCACUCGCGCUUCGCCCGCUCGUGGCGACUGGAGCGGCACGUCCUCCGACUCCAACCUGUCCGGCGGGGAGAGCGACGACGAGCCGCCCCGACGGAAGGCUCCCACCGGAAGACAUCGGUCCACGAUGUUGGCGCCGCGGCCCGGUGACAGGGCCAGGGCCUAG